AGCUCGCUCGCUCCCUCCUCCCGCGGCGGCAGUAGGAGAAGGCGGCGGCGGCGGCGGCUGGGGAUCAGACAUGGCGGCGGAUCUGAACCUGGAGUGGAUCUGCUCCCUGCCCCGGUCCUGGACUUACGGGAUCACCAGGGGCGGCCGAGUCUUCUUCAUCAACGAGGAGGCGAAGAGCACCACCUGGCUGCACCCCGUCACCGGCGAGGCAGUGGUCACCGGGCACCGGCGGCAGAGCACAGAUUUGCCCACUGGCUGGGAAGAAGCAUAUACUUUUGAAGGUGCAAGAUACUAUAUAAACCAUAAUGAAAGGAAAGUGACCUGUAAACAUCCAGUCACAGGACAGCCAUCACAGGACAACUGUAUUUUUGUAGUGAAUGAACAGACUGUUUCAACUAUGACUUCUGAAGAAAAGAAGGAACGACCUAUAAGUAUGAUAAAUGAAGCUUCUAACUAUAACAUGACUUCAGAUUACGCAGUGCAUCCAGUGAGCCCUGUAGGCAGAACUUCACGGGCUUCAAAGAAAGUUCAUAAUUUUGGAAAGAGAUCAAAUUCAAUUAAAAGGAACCCUAAUGCACCUGUGGUCAGACGAGGCUGGCUUUAUAAACAGGACAGUACAGGCAUGAAGCUAUGGAAGAAACGCUGGUUCGUGCUUUCUGACCUUUGUCUGUUUUAUUAUAGAGAUGAAAAAGAAGAAGGUAUCUUGGGAAGCAUACUGUUGCCUAGUUUUCAAAUUGCUAUGCUUACCUCUGAGGAUCACAUUAAUCGCAAAUAUGCUUUUAAGGCAGCCCAUCCAAAUAUGCGGACCUAUUAUUUCUGCACUGAUACAGGAAAGGAGAUGGAGUUGUGGAUGAAAGCCAUGUUAGAUGCUGCCCUGGUACAGACAGAACCUGUGAAAAGAAUUACCUUUAAUUUCCGAGUGGACAAGAUUACAUCUGAAAAUGCACCAGCUAAAGAAAUCAAUAACUUUCCCAACCAUAGAGUGCUAAUUAAACCAGAGGCCCAAAAUAACCAGAAAAACAAGGAAAUAAGCAAAAAUGAAGAAAAAAAGGCAUUAGAAGCUGAAAAAUACGGGUUUCAGAAGGAUGGUCAAGAUAGACCUUUAACAAAAAUUAAUAGUGUAAAGUUGAAUUCUCUGCCAUCUGAAUAUGAGAGUGCAUCAACAUGCCAGGCUCAAGCUGGACACUACAGGCCAGUCAAUGUGAAUAGUUCAGAGAACAAAACAGUCAAUGUUAGCCUGGCAGACCUUAGAGGUGGAACUCACCCAAGCACAGGGCCCCCACAAACAGAGGCUGAUCGAGUCAUACAGAGAACCAAUUCAAUGCAACAGUUGGAACAGUGGAUUAAAAUCCAGAAGGGAAGGGGUCAUGAAGAAGAAACCAGGGGAGUAAUUUCUUACCAAACAUUACCAAGAAAUAUGCCAAGCCACAGGGCACAGGUUGUGGCCCUCUAUCCCGAAGGUUAUAGAACACUCCCGAGAAACAGCAAGACCAGGCCUGAGAGUAUCUGCAGUGUAACCCCUUCCACUCAUGAUAAAACAGUAGGACCUGGAGCAGAAGAGAAACGGAGAUCAAUAAGAGACGACACGAUGUGGCAGCUCUAUGAAUGGCAGCAGCGUCGGUUUUAUAAUAAGCAGAGCACCCUCCCUCGUCAUGGUACAUUGACCAGCCCGAAAACCAUGGUUAAUAUUUCGGACCAGACAAUGCACUCUAUUCCCACAUCACCCUCCCAUGGGUCAAUAGCUGCUUAUCAGGGAUACUCUCCUCAGCGAACCUACAGAUCAGAAGUGUCUUCCCCAAUUCAGAGAGGAGAUGUGACGAUAGACCGCAGGCACAGGACUCAUCACCCAAAGCAUGUUUAUGUGCCUGACAGGAGGUCAAUGCCAGCUGGCCUAACUUUACAGUCUGUUAAUCCCCAGAACCUCCAAGGCAAAACGCCAGAGGAGCUUACGCUGCUGCUCAUAAAGCUGAGACGGCAGCAAGCUGAACUGAGUAGUAUCCGGGAGCAUACGUUAGCACAGCUCAUGCAGCUAAAGCUUGAGGCCCACAGCCCAAAGAAUGAAAUUCUUUCACAUCAUCUUCAAAGGAACACCAUAUAUUUGGAUCAUCAGAUGAAAGAAAAUGAACCUAUUAUCAACAUGGUUCACACAAUGAUUGAGAACUCGGCGCUAAGACCCCAACUGUACCAGCAAUUCUUAAGACAGAAGAACAAGAUAAGUCUAUAUUGUCUGUCACAAGAUGAAUGCAGAGGCACACUAUACAAAUACAGACCUGAAGAAGUAGAUAUUGAUGCCAAGUUAAGCCGUCUCUGUGAGCAAGAUAAAGUGGUGCAUGCUCUGGAAGAGAAGCUCCAGCAACUCCACAAGGAGAAAUACACGCUUGAACAAGCUUUGCUAUCGGCCAGCCAAGAAAUAGAAAUGAAUGCAGAGAACCCAGCAGCCAUUCAGAAUGUGGUGUUGCAGAGGGACGACUUGCAAAACGGACUGCUUAGUACAUGUCGGGAACUGUCUCGAGCCACUGCUAUGAAGAAACUGAGGUUCGUGGAGGUUAAAUGACUCGCCAAGGUGACAUAACUAAUAAGGAAGAGUCAACACCUAAAUCUAGGGUUUCUGUACUUUGUACUCCACUUCACCAUGUGGUCACGUGUACCUUCUGGAAGUUGGGAUCAAAUCUGUAUUCUGUUACUCAAAAAUCUGGAAUGUCAGACAUCAGAACAACUCAUCCUGAAUCAUGCUCGUAGAUGGCUUAUGCAUUUAUCCACUGUAAAAUAAUACCAAUAUAUGAAAUACAGUAAUAAUGAUGAAUAUUUCUGGAGCAGUUAUCGGGUACAGGGUUCCAUCAUAAAUGCUUUACAUGCACUUAAUCCACAUAAUAGCCUCUUGACAUAUUAUUGCUAUGUUAAAAAAAUGGAAAACUGAGACACAGCGAGUGCCCAGAGUUAUAUAGUGAAUAUGUAGUAUGGAUAGAUUCCAUUAAACAUACUUGUGUUCUAAACUGGAUUCUGAGUAGGAGGGCCUUGAGGAAAUCGAGAGUUUAGACUACAAUGGAUAAACUAGGUUUGGGAUUGUAAACUUAAAGGGGCAGGAAAGCAGGACAAAUGAACUAUACUGGGGAGAAGCUUACACUAAAUGUCUUCAUAUACUCAUUCUCAAUUUAAUAAAGAGCUACUGAGAAUCGUGGUUACACCAAAGUGUAAUUUUCUUACAGUAGGUCUGUUGACAUCCAUGGAUUGUCACAGAAUAUGCUUUGAAAGAUUUUAAGAUGGUUUUUAAAUGCCCUGGUUAUUUCAUGAUUACAAAAUAACAUCCCCCAAAAAAAGGACAGCCAAAUGUGAUAUACCUCCUGAUGCACUGCAGUAGAAAGUACCCAGUGACACUUAAGAAGUAUUUUUACAAAAAAAAAAAAAAUUUUCAAAUCUGAAUCUCAAAAAGCCUUCAUAUCUAACUAUGAGUUUAUAGGAAAUAUAAGCAACAGAAGAGUAUGCUAAGCAAUACCAUAGGGAUUCAAUUAGCAAAAUCUAGAAUAGGAGAAAUUGUACAGAACAAGUGACCCAUUCUCUUCAACAAAUAAGUAGCAAGGGAAUAGGGAGAUGGUAUUAUAAUUAAACAUUUUUAAAGGAUUACUUAUUUUAAAAAAUAAUAAUUUUCUUAUUUUUUCAUGUUUGCUUCUUUUCUUUAGAAAUGCAUAGUGAAGUAUUUAUAGAUAAAAUGAUAAUGAUGUUUGGUGUUUGCUUUAAAAUAAUCCCACAGGGAUAGAAUGUGGGUGCUAUAGAUGAAACCAGAUUGGCCAUAUAUUAUGGUAAUUGCUGAAUUCAGGUAGCUGGCACUACUUUUGUGUAUGUUUGGAAAUUUCCAUUGUGGAUAUCUGAGAAACAUUAAAAUAAAAUUCACGAAAAUGCUGACAAAUAUGUAGCACAACAAUAAGUAUUUUUUCUUUAUCAUUACCUGCACUCUAGCUUUUCUGUUUAUAUAAUUACAAAAAUUGAUUAUAUUUAAAUUUUGUAGAGGAAAUAGUAAUCACUUUCUUUGAGAUGGAAUAUAGUUUUAUUUUCGAGAUAAGAUUAGAGGAGAAACUAAAGAUAUGAAUUAAAGAUUAUAAAUAGCCAAUACCUAGAAAGAAAGAUAGGUGAUGAUAGAUAGAUAGAUAGAUAGAUAGAUAGAUAGAUAGCCAAAAAAGUAGAAUUACUAUCAUUGUUAUCAUAAACUAGAAAUUUAAAACAUUGGUAUCUCUAUAACCAUGGCCGAUUUAAUGAUACUCAAUUUAUUGCAGUUU